CCUCCUCCUCGCCGCCUCCGAGAUGGCAAGUUCCUCGGCUCCGGGAGGGAAGUGCGCCUUCUGUAGAAAUGCAGCAAGAUAUACGUGCCCUCGCUGCAAUUUUGCAUACUGUUCAUCCAGUUGCUACAAGCAUGCAUCACAUGCACGCUGCUCCGAGAGCUUCUACAAGGACAUGGUAGAAGCAGAGCUCAGAAGUGGAACCGUGUCUGAAGAAUCCCGCAAGAAAAUGCUUGAGAUCUUGCGCCGCGUGGAGGCUGGCGAAUCUAUUUUACCUGAUAAUGUGGAUGAACCCCUGGACUCAGACGAUGAAGAUGAUGAUGACCUUGCUGUUAGGAUGGCAGACAUCGACCUCAAUGACAGCGAAGCUGUCUGGAAGAAGCUCACGGAGAAAGAGCGUCAAGAGUUCCGUCAGCUAGUCAACUCGGGCAGCUUCGAUGACCUGCUCCCCCCCUGGAGUCCCUGGUGGGAGCAGGAGGUCCCGCCCGUCCAGGAGAUCAGCCCGGGUCACCAGAUUGUCCCUGCGUAUGUGGCCAAAUGCCCGCCGCUUGUAGACGUUCCCUUACUUAGUCAAGUGAUGAAAGGCUCCCCGUCUCCAACCGUCCCCUUCAACAUCCUGAAUGUCCUGUCAGGAUAUGCUUGGACGGUCAGGCUCUUCAAUGGUGACCACCAGGAGAGUAGCGUCGAUGCCACGGAGGCCCUGCUCUCCUUGUCGUCUGUGCUCUCGGCAAAUGCCAACUUUGAGGAGGCUGCCAUUGCCGUCGAUAGCCCCAAGAUGGAAGCACAGAAUCACCCAUGGCUAAUGGAAAGCGAGGAGUUCGCGGGAACGGUGAGGAGGGAUGUGAUGAAGAUGCUGAAGGGGCCUUCAGCAUCAGACCAGACCUUCUACGUGAGGGCUGCGCUCUCUGAGAUCCAUGUCCUGCUGAGCACCUGCAAGGCCUCUCUGUCCAAGAAGAAGAAGUCAGGUACAAGGAAAGGCCUAUUUACAUCCUCAUUUGGAGAAGCAAGUCAGCACGUGGAACUCAAGAUCACAACCUUGCCGCUAGUCAAGUCCUCCCUAAAGAAGGUGGAGUUCCUGCUGUCAUUUGUUCGGGAAUACGCACCUGCUAUCAUCAGUCUAACUCCAACUUAAAUGCUUCAGCAGAAGACCCUGGCCACAGAAAUGAGUGAAAACAACCAAUUGGCAUUCUGUCACGGCAUGCUUCUUCACCUCUUUGAAAUAAAGUCAGUGAUUGAGGUUUGGAACUGAGGAAAAAAUGUAUGUGAGUUUGGGUUGUGACAGUCAGGCUUAGAAAUGGAACUGUAUAUGUGCAUGGGAAGGCAGGGAGGGCUAAGCAUGCUUCUCUUUCUGUCUGUCUCUUUCUUCUCUGUCUCUGUCUGUCUGUCUCUGUCCCUCUCUAUCUAUCUAUCUCUCUCAUUCUCUCUCUCUCUCUCUCUCUCUCUCUCUCUCUCUCUCUCUCUCUCUCUCUCUCUCUCUCUCUCUCUCUCUCUCUCUCUCUCUCUCUCUCUCUCUCUCUCUCUAUCUCUCUAUCUCUCUAUCUCAAACUCUCAAACUCUUGUGACAAAAUUAUUUUUUAAGAGCUAUAAUGAAUAUGAUAAAUCUGAUAAUUCUACCUAUUUAAUUGAUUUUUUACCAUGUCAUGGGGAAAGGCAGAUGUUCUGCUGUUAACAAUGGGGUACUACUUUGUGCCAUUGUCAUAGGUUGUACUUUCCACAAGAGUCUUGUACUUACUGUCAGUGCCAAAUGCUAAAUACAGUGAAAGGAAGAGUUUCUUAGAAGGAAUGUGUUUAUGCUGGGAAGGUUAUGGAUAUACGUGUUGUGCAAAUGUAAUUGUUACAUCCUGUAAAUGUAGGAUGUAUGCUAAUGUGAUACCUGUAAAUCAUCAUAAUGAAAUGAAAACAGAAAGGUACUGGAGGGAGAGAUGAUUCUGCAAAUUUUGCUUUGCUUAGCAGAUCUGUGAGCUGUAGGAAAUGUGUCUGACACUUUCCUUGUUAAUUUUAUACUGAGGAAACCUCAUGCCAUGCACAGCAGUUUAUUUGAUAUAUGAAAACCCAUAAUAUUGGGUUUAUUUUGUUAGCUAAACAGAUUAGCCAGUGUCAGUUAUUAUUCCUAGUGACAACGAAGAUGGGCAUUAUCAGCCACUCAAAGACAAAGUCGACCCUAAUAACAAGGGCAUCUUUAGGUCUCUGUGGGUUAAGUUGGAGUAUUCUUAAAUGGUUUAUUCUCCUGAGAUGAGCCUUUUUGAGGUUGGCAGAUUCUUAGCACCAUAUAGUAAAUGCUUUCCAUGCAUAAAUGUUUCAUAUUUAGACUUUAUUAGUGUGUAUUUUUAAUGACAAUAUCAUGUUUAAAGAACCUUCCUUAUGAUGCUUCAUUGUGUGCUUUUUGUGUAAUGAAUAUAUUUUUGUUAUGUAUGUCUUGGAAUAUUUUUUUAUUUUAUUUUUCUUAACUCAGCAGCCAAUUUUCGUAGAUGGUUAUGUAAGUUCACUGUUGUAUCAUUUAUAAUGUUUGUAUCAGUAGCUGUUAGAUAAUUGGCCUCUGUUAGAUAAUCAUUCUUUACAUGUUUUAAACAUGAUUUCUUACUUGCACAUCACACGUGGAGAUACAGGGAAUAGAAAAGGAAAGAGAUAACGCACAAGAAAAAGUAUAUAGAGGAGAAUCACACGGAUAAUAGACAAUUAAGGAGUAACUUAGAGGAAUGUGUUUCAGGUCUUUUAGGAACUAGACAAAACAUUCAUUAGUGUAAGGAAGCGUUGCCAUCAGGAAAUCCUCACUUUGAUCUGUGCCAUUCAUUAGAAUCAUCACCUUUGCCAUUUUCAUCAUCACUUCAAUUCUCAGGAGGAUUUGCUGGGAGGGAAUGGGGGGAUAGCGACCUUUUUUUCUUCCCAAUUUGUAAUGUCUUUAUUACAGUCAUUGCAUACUGUUAUUAUUAUUAUUAUUCCUAUUGUUAUUAUUAUUAUUACUAUUUUUAUUAUUUCAGGCAAACAUAGGAGAUAAGUGCUUUUUACUGCUAAUAUUUGUUGGUUUUCUUGGCUGAUUGACUUUCUUAGCAGCUGAGGAACUCAUUUUCAGGUUUGAAAUUUGUAGUACAUUCAUAUAAUUUGAAACUGGAUUUAUGGUCAUAUGAAAUCAUUUAUACUUUUUUAUUACUACAGCACUAUAGGUCAGAUUAAUAGCCAGUUAUUUAUUAUAGAUAUUAUUAUAUUACAUUUGCAAUUAAUGUUCUUAUAACAAAUACAAUAACAUUGUCACAUAGUUUUGAUUACAAUUACAUUUAUACUGGUGAUUAGAAUGAAAGUCACAAUUAUGAUUAUGAUUAGAGAUGUAGUUACUGUUAUUAUUUUAUUUAAUAUUAUCAUUAUUCUUAUAAUUAGUAGGCCUAUUACUUGUACUGUUUGUCUUUAUGUCUUGGUAUUUUGAGUCAUUAUUAUUUUCAGAUGAGAAUGUUUUUUCUUUUUUUAAUAGUUAAUAAUGAUGAAUAUUACUGUUUACAAAUACUAGAUUAGAGUCAUUGCAGUGUUUGAAAAAGAGUGAUAUUAAAUUUCUUAGCAUAUAUGUGAUUGCAGAAUUGACAGUUAAAAUACUGUAGGAAAAUAUAUGUGCUUAUGGAUACAAAAACUGUAAGAAAUUUCAGUAUUGUAUUCAAUCUCUGAUAAUUAUGUGUUGUUAGAAAAUUGUGGAAUUGAGUUUUGAUGGUAAUAUGUGAUAUUAUUAGGAUAAAAAAAGGAGUAAUAAGUUAUUACCAAUAUGUUUUUGGUAACAAGUCUAUUGUGAAGUAUUUAGUAUUUAUGUUGGUGAUAUUAUUAUUGAUUGUUUAUUUUCAUUUUGUUUAUUUUCAUUAUCAUCAUCAUCAUUAUUAUCAUUAUUAUUAUUGUCAUUAUCAUUUUUAUCAUCAUCAUAGUGAUUGCUACAAAAAAUUAUGGACUUCCAAGUUAUCUUCAACAAAAAUCAGAGAUGCUGUCAUGCCUGUAAGUCAAAAUGACCUGAUGGUAUUAAUAUUGUGGCUUUGAUAUUUUUUUAACUAAUAUGCUACAAAAGUGCUCUCAGAUAUUUUUGUGUACUCUGAAGAAGAAUUGACAAAAGUUUUCAGAAUAGUUAGAUUAAAACAGAAAAAAACUCCGAGCAGUGUCUUGUAGUUUUGUAAAUGGUUAUAAAGAGAGAUCGUAAAUAUCCCUGACUUAGUGCAGGAGUUGGAAUGUAUUUAUUUUUAUUUCUAUUUAUUUUUCUUAUUUUUUUUAUUUUUAUUUUUAUUUUUUUUUUGUAACAAUCUGUGAACGUUCCCAGGUCUAGAUUUUUACAGAAAGAAUAGUCAUGCUUUCUUGAAUGAGAUUACCACUGUUAUUGUGAUUGUUGUUAUAAUUUGAAGUUAAGGUAUUGUUAAUGCCAUGAUCAUUAUUUUCUCAAGAGUGAUUAUUAAAAGGAUCACAGAAGCAUAAAGGUUGUGAUAAGAGAGAAAGGAAAUAGAAGUAGAGAAAAAGAUGAAUAUUGAACAACAGUGGAAAUGACAAGCUAAAAAAGAAAAAAAGAGAAACAAGAGGAAGAAGGAAAUAGAGAAUAAAAAAGAAAUAUAAAAAAAAAAAAGUAAAAGAAAACACAAUAAAGAAAGGAUGUUAAAAAGGAAAUGUAGUUGAAGAACAGGAAUGGAAAUUUUGUCUAAGAAUGACUGAAAAAAAAAGAAAAAUGGUGAAAUUGACUAAAAUGAAAAUUAUAAGAUUUUUUUUUUUCUUUCUUUCUUUCUUUUUCUCUUUUUAUACAUACAGGAAUAAAGAGUGUGAUUUUAGAAGUAGUGAUCAGGUCUACAUGAUGUGUCUUCCCCCCCACCCUCCCUCACAGUACCUUACCCCCUUCUACUCACAGUGCCAAACCCUUUGAUAAUCUAAUGUGAUUAUAGUGCCGGUAUAGUAAGAUGCAAAGAGCUUAUAGUGCCGAUAUUGUAAGAGAUAGAUAUCGCAUUUGUAUGAGAAAAAGUAGCUAUACUGAUUGUUAGAAUCACAAGGUCUAUAUUUUGCACUAUGUUGGUACUAUUUCGUGUUGUGUGAUUAAUUGUAGGUAUAAAGCACUGUGUCCUUUGCUGUUGUUGUGACUGUGAUAUGUAUUUUACCGAUAUGUAGAAACUCAUAGGAAUUAUACCUGUUUGUUUU